CGCUGUUGGGUGCGCUAAUCAUCGCCUUCGCCAGCCCGCAAUAAUUAAUCACAACCACGGACAGUAUACUCUGGGACUGUGGACUCGCGUCGGUUUUCGGGUCGUAUCACGAUAUGCACUCCUCGAAAUCUGUUGCGGAUGCCAUCCGUCUCGCUCUGACGACGCGCGUCGUGAAUCACUCUCGCCGACUCCACGCACUCUUUCGGCUGAGAAAUCAGGGGCAUACUCCUCCAGAUGGCAGACAAUUGCUUUCUAAUGUGAACGCGCGUCCCCUCAGGACACCGUGGAGGUAUCGACGUGCUUCAUGAUUGACUAAGGCUCUCUGAGACCUGCACUUGGCGACGCAGAGUAGGUAUAUAAGAGGGGAAGGAGAGACAUUGUACUCUAACCACGGUUCUACAUCUCUCUCCUCUCUUCUCUGUUCACUUUAACAUGUCUGCUGCACCUGUGAAGUACGUCCAGCUCGGAAAGAGCGGGCUGCGCGUCUCCGUACCCAUCGGAGGUGCGAUGAGCUACGGUAACCCCAAGUGGGGCGCCGAUCCCCAGGCGGGCGCAUGGGUGAAGAGCGCGGAGGAAUCUCUGCCUAUCCUCAAGGCUGCGUGGGACCGUGGAAUCAACACCUUUGACACGGCCAACGUGUACUCCAACGGCGACUCCGAGCGGGUCCUUGCCAAGUUCAUCGAGACCUACAACAUUCCUCGAGAGGAGAUUAUCAUCGCCACCAAGUGCCACGGUACCGUCCUGAAGGGCGAACAUGAGGAUAUCGUCGCAUGGGCGGCGCCUCAACUCGCUGGCUCGAAACAGUACAUCAACCAGAAUGGCUUGUCGCGUGCUGCGAUCUUUAACGCGGUUGAGGGCUCGCUCAAGCGCCUGAACACGUCGUACAUCGACCUCUACCAGAUCCACCGCGCCGACCCCUCGACGCCGCCCGAGGAGACGAUGAAGGCGCUCCACGACCUCGUCCAGUCUGGGAAGGUCCGCUACAUAGGCGCGAGCUCGAUGCGCACUUGGCAGUUCGCCCUGCUGAACGAGGUCGCGGAGAAGAAUGGGUGGACGAAGUUCGUGAGCAUGCAGGACGAGUACCACUUGCUCUACCGCGAGGAGGAGCGUGAGAUGCUCGCCUACUGCGAGUACCACGGCAUUGGUGUUAUUCCGUGGUCGCCUCUCGCCGGAGGUGCCCUUGCCCGCCCGCUGAACUCUGCUGAGACCGCGCGCUCCAAGAUGAACUCGGCGUUUGCGAAGACGGACGCGGCCGACCACGAAAUCAUCAAGCGCGUGGAGGAGGUCGCGAAGAAGCGCGGCUGGAAGAUGGCCGAGGUUGCCAUUGCUUGGGUCCAGCGCAGAGUCACAAGCCCCAUUAUUGGCAUUAACUCCAUCAACCGCGUCGACGACAGCAUUGUGGACGGCGUGCUCACGGACGAAGAGGCCAAGUAUCUGGAGGAACCGUACCAGCCGAAGGUGGUGCGCGGACAUGCAUAAACUAUAUAAACCAGAGAGCACUUGUACGGUAGAAAUGUAACAACCUCUGUGUGUUUGCGAUAUACCAUGUCUGCAUCAUG